CGGCGGGCCAGCGCGGCCCCGGAAGUGGCGGGGAGGCGGCGAUGGCGCUGGACCGGCGGUGGCCACUGGCGCUCGCCCGCGGCGCCGUCCCGGUUGCGCUGGGGCUGCUGCUGUGGGUGGCGAUCGCGGGCGGCGAGCACGAGCGGCAGCAGACGCUGAAGGGCCAGCCCGGCGCGGACGCGGCUUUGGCGCAGCGGCGGCGCCACAACGAGCUGAUCAUGGCGGCGCUGCGCGAGGCGGCCGAGACCGACGACAACGUGGCGCAUCGCGGGGUGCCGUGGCGGAAGUGACGUCAGCACCGGGAGCCCCCCCCUCCACCCGCCGGUUCCCCGUGACCCGCCCUUUCCCGCGGAACCAUCAGCGCUGGGCGCGGUUGCGCACGGAACUCUUUUUGCGCGGGUGCGUCCGGACUGCUAUAAACCACGGACACUUCCGGCGUCUCUUCCGGUUCCGCCAUGUCGCCGCGGGGCGCGGAGGCCGCGGCGGACGCGGCGGCGGUGGCGGGGCCCGGUCCGGCCUCGCCGCGGCCGCUGUUCGGCGGCUGCUGGAGCUGCCGCCUGCUGAGCGGCGCGGGGCUGCUGAUGGCCGCCGUCUGGGUGUACCAGGGGCCGCGGAACGUCAUGAAAAAGGGGAUCCCGCCCUCCAUGGGCGCCAUCGCCCAGAUCACCUUCGCCGCCGGUCUGGCCGGCUGGGCCAUCGUCAUCCUCGCCGACCCCGUGGGGCGCCGGCAGCGCCGGGAGCCCUGAGGGGGCCCCGAAACGGCACCGGGACCCCGAAAAUGGACCCGGGACCCCCGAAAACGGCCCCGGGACCCCGAAAAUGGACCCGGGACUGCCAAAAAUGGACCCGGGACCCCCGAAAAUGGCACCGGGACCCCCGAAAACGGCACCGGGACUGCCAAAAAUGGCGCCAGGACCCCCGAAAAUGGCGCCGGGACCCCAAAAAAUGGCACCGGGAACCCAAAUAAAGUCAUCAGGACCCCCAAAAACAGCACCGGGACCCCAAUAAAGGCCCCGGGACAUCAAAAACGGCCCCGGGACCCCCAAAAACGGCCCCGGGACCCCCAAAAACGGCAUCGGGACCUCCGAAAACGGUCCCGGGAACCCCCAUAAAUGGCACCGGGACCCCCAAUAAAGUCAUUGGGACCCCCAAAAA